UUUUUUGAAAUUGACAUUUUUUUCUUGGUUUGUUUCGGUCAAUUUCGUUACCUUGUCAUUUUUUAUUCUCUCCGUUAAUUAAACUACAUCGAUUUUAGAUGUAUUUUUAUUAGAUACCGACCAUGAGAAAUAUUCGUGAAAUUGUAUUUAAAGAAUUCGAUCAUUAUAUGACAACAUUUUGAAACGUCCUUCAAUAAAAGUUACUAAUCGCAGGUGCUCUCACUUGAACCUCUUAAAAACAAAAAAAUUCAUAUCACUGACAUCGCUCGCUUUUCGACUGAUGACUUUCUUGAUCGUUCAUUUAACGGAUAUCAAAAUCUGUUCAAAGUUAAUUUCAUUGCUUAUCUUUAUAUUUCAUCAGCCAAGUGGCGCCUUGAGCAAGUGUCCUCUACUAUAACCUCGGACCAACCAAAGUUUUGUGAUUGGAUUUGGUAAACAGAAACUGAAAGAAGCCCGUCACAUAUGUAUAUAUCUAUAUGUGUGUGUGUUUGUGUUUGACUCCAUCACCAGUUGACAACCGGUGCUGGUUUGUUUACGUUCCCUGAACCUAACGGUUAGAUAGAAGAGACUGAUAGAAUAAGUACCAGGUUGUAAAUAGUGGAAUCGAUUCGUUCGACUAACACCCUUCUAGGCGGUGCUACAGUAUGACCGCACUCUAAUGGCUGAAACAAAACAGUUGAAAGCUUUUGAUCCCAGUGUUAUGGUUACCAGAUCUGGACGCGUUAUAACUAAAAGGCAAGGUCAUCAUUCCAACCAAUUAGCUUAUUGUCAGAACACUUUAAAUUGCCAUGAUUCUUCAUACCAAGAACAGAGCUCAACAUCCAAUAAUCACACAUUAGUAAAGACUUCGUUGAGUAAUAUGUCCUUUGUGACACGUUUUCAUAUCAAUAGUAAUGUUCCAGAUUUCUAUACAUCUGCUCUACCUUUGGAAGAUGUGAUUUGCAAACAGAAUUUUAACUAUGUUUUGAACAAGAAGAUUUCAGCUGCUAAUCGAAAAUUAAAGUUCCACUGCUCUGAGAUCCCAUAUAAAAUAAAUAAAAACAUCAGUAACUUGACAAACAUGUCCAGAACUACGUCCUAUCUUGCUGAGUCUUUGCCUAUUACAACCCGAUAUCUAAAUAAUAUACCUCUUGGAGAGAAUCCAUUUUGUUUAGAAGAUAAUAUUAAGGCUGGAGGUAUUAAACCAAGUGAACAUUAUACAUAUGAACCACUCAAUAUGUUGCUGUGUGACAGAUAUGUUUCUACCAAUCACUCUUUCUUGAUUAGCCAUUCAUCUAAAGGAGGGAAGCAAAAUUCUGAUUCUGACCAAAAAGUUUCAACAGAUUACUCCAGGUUUUCUGUAAAUGAAUUACUAUACCCUUAUAAUUCAUUUGAGUUGAACACUAAUGUAUCCUGUCACAACUGUUUAAAAUGCAAACGCUCUUUCAACAACUUUUCAGCCCUUGCUGCUCAUGCUCGGUCUCACUCUGAUCAGAAAAACAAGUGUGGUAUUUGUGGAAAGAUUUUUACUCGUUCUUGGCUUCUAAAAGGCCAUAUGCGUACACAUACAGGUGAAAGGCCAUUUCAAUGCACACAUAAUGGAUGUAAUCGAGCAUUUGCAGACAAAUCUAAUUUACGCUCGCAUAUGUUAAUUCACACUGUUAAAAGCAAGAAUUUUCUUUGUGAAAAAUGUGGUCGAGCUUUUGCUCAGAAGCGUUACUUACAUAAACAUCGGCUUGAAGUAUGUCAAGUGAUUUAAAAAUAUUGAAAAGAAACAGUCUUUUAAAUAGAAUUUUUACAAAUUUUUUUUAACUAUUCAUAUCUACAGUUAAUGAUUUUAUUUUGGCAAAAAAAGAAAACAAUUUACAAAUGUAAAUUUUUAUUUUCUUAUUUGCUCUCAGAGUACUUAAAGUUGAUUUUUUUUUCCCAUUUAUUUACUUGAAAUGUUUUGUUCAAUUAAAUAAUUCUUUCAAUUUUCUGUUCUUACGUGUUAAUGGUACAAAGCUUUUCUUAUUUGUAGAAGUUAAAAUGAUUCAGUUUUUUAUUUUCAUCAUAACUGUUUAAGAUUCCAAUAUUUUAGUAUUUGGACAUCAAGGCUCUUUUUAAAAACAAUAAAAUGAGGAAAUUGGACUAUUCCAAACAUUAUAAGAUUGAUGCAGACUACUUGUUAUUUUCUUUACUAUUUCACUGCAUUUCACUUCAUCUAAAGAAAACAAUGUAUGAUGGAUAAAAAUUUAGACAUGAAAUUUACUUUGAAUAAUGCAGCAUUUGCAUCUGCAUAACUAGUUUGGGUGUAAACUUAAAUGCUAAUGAAUUCUCACUGUGGGAAAGCUAUAUAUUUAAAACAAUCAGUUGAAGAGAGUUCUAGUGCUUUAUGUAAAAAAACAAAACAAAAAUGUAUUUCAUUGCAUGAUGAUUAAAAAGUGACUGUUAAUAUUUAUGAAACUAAACACAUGGAUCCUGCUCUCAAUUUUCUAUACUUUCUAUUAUGGCUUAUGAUUUCCAUAACUAGAAAUAUUAAUGAAGAGAAAAAAAAACUUCUAAGAUUUUCCUUUAUUAAAUCUGUUAAUAAGUUUUAUGUUCCUUAUCUUGUUAAAAAGGAAGUGUUGGUAGUAUCAGUUUUCAGCUGAUUCCAGUAUGAAUUUUAUUGGCUAUUUAAUAUCUUGAUUGUAAGUUGCUUACUUUCUUU